UUGAAACGAUUUGGGUUGAAGAUUUUAAGUCCCCUUGUCUACGUUAUCGCUGCGAUUCUCUCUCAGGCUCCCGCACUACUCUUGGCGCAAACUCCGGAGCAGACGGAACAGUUGCAGCAGGAACAUGAACGGAAAAAGGAGGAAAAGCGUAGUCUGGAAGAACAAAGAAACACGAUUAUCCAAAAGGAACAAGGGGUCUUACAGAAACUACAGGAGAUUGAAUCCAAGUUAGCCGCCAACGAAAAAGAACUUGCCCGGCAUCAGCAAGAGAUUGAAAAUCAUACACUUGAGGCUGCGGAACUUCAGAGAGAAUUGGGGGAGCUGCUUUCUAAAGACAAGAAACAAAAGAAACGGGCUAUAAAGCGGAUUCGUGCAAUUUAUAAGCUAGGCUACAAUAAGGAAGAUGAGCACUUUUUGAAGAUAUUGCUUGGUGCUCAGGAUAUGCAAGAUCUCGUGGAAAAGUAUAAGUAUAUGGGUGUUAUCGCCGAAGCAGAUCAAGAUAUGCUAAAGGACAUACAACUUCGGCAGAAAGACAUUGCACAAAAAUCUACUGAAAUUGUUCGCCAAAUCCAAUUAGCAAAGGGGGCAUCGAAAGCUGCGCAAGCCGAACGUUCACUCCUGCUCGUCCAGGAACGGAAACGUCAACAACUCCUGCAUGAGUACCGGACAGAGAAAGGAACUCAUAACCAAGCGUUAAGGGAGUUAAACGCUGCCGUUGCACUGUUAGGGGAGCACCUCGGAAUCGUCAGCGAUGCCGUCUUGCAGAGCAAGCGGAGGCAAUUAAAAGCAUUCGACCCGCGCUGUUUGGUAAACUCCCUUGGCCCGUUGUGGGAGUAG